AUGGACUUUGCUGGCGGCCGGACGGGCCCCAGGGGCCGCGCGUCGCCCCCUCCACCGGCACCUUGGCAUCUCCAGUUUCGGACUUCAGUCUGCCACUUCCCAUCUGGACCCAAGCAGCCGGGAAGGGGCUGCGGCACUCAACGUCCCGAGCUCGUUGGUACUGUUCCGCUUAAGGGACCUAUGGGCGGCGCUCACGGCUCAGAGCACCCUGUCGCUCGUGGUCGUGGGCAACGCAUGGGGCGGGCGGCGCGCGAGGCUUCGAGGCGACUGAUGGUGGAGGUGGAAAACGCAGGAGGAGGUGUAAAGGGCCAAGUGGCUCCGGAUUCUCGAGGUCGAUGCUCGUGGCAGAGACCCCUUUCUGCUCCUGCCGCUCCGGAUACAACCUACUACUCGUGCCAGCUCCGGCUGCUCCUGCUUCUCCUGCGGUUCCUGCUUGCCGCUCCUGCCAGCCACUCCCGCUCGGGCUGCUCUGACGAGCGAGCGCUUGGCAAGCAAGUCCGUGGCCGCUCGCUCCUGCCUCAAAUACCUUGCUGCUCCGGAACCAGGGAAAGCUGCGUUCACGACCGCGGUCUCGUUCCUGCACUUUCUCUUUCAACUGGAAUUGGUCUUUUCGCAAGGUCGCCAAAACAAGAAGUCAAUCCCCGCCCCGCGUCGCUCCUCGCCUCAGUCGGCUCCCGCUCCGUGGCCUGGCCCAACCGGUGCAUACGUACGCGUCCACGACGCCACUCAGCCGAUUCGACCUGCGUCGUGACCUCUCCCGGCCUCCGCCUCCCGACAUACCCGGGCCGACGCCCACCGACAACUCGCCGCAUCUGGAGACGUCACGGUACGUCGUGGCGCCGAGGACCCGUUGUCGCUAGUCUGGGCACACCCACUUUCGGCGGCCCGUUGCCGACCUCACUGUGCUUCUGUUACACGCCCGCGCACAAAGUGUCGCUGCCACCCGCUCUCUGA